AAAAUACAAAAUUUGCAUAACCUUAAUUUGCCAGACAACACACUCUUUAGGUCGAGUUGUUUCGUUGUCAGAUUCAUCCUAGCCAGGCUGAUUGACGAGAAAAAUGGUUGGUUGAUUGAAACACCACUGUAAAUCUACCUCCAAAAGGAGGUUAGCUUGUUCUCGCACGCGCUUAAACAUGGCGGAUCACUUGGAACUUGUUGCUGAAAUUCCGAAGGUGGAGAAGUUGUCAGUUCAAGAUCGCCUAGAACUCGCAAGAAAGCGCCGAUCUCAGCAACUUAAACGAUGGGAUAGAGAUAAAGAUAAAGAAAUAGGCCCUCCACCGCCGAAAAAGAAACCUAUGCGAGCAAGGCCAGUGAAAUUCGAACCAAGGAUAAUUCUCCUCGAGGCAGCUACGCGAGGAGACGUCGACGAAGGUUAGUUCGACCUAGUUUAAAGUUGUAUUCCGUGGAGUUUUAAUUGUUUGAAGGUAGUUAUGUGUGGAGAUUUUUUAUUAAUUUCCAAAGUUUAAAUUAUUGAUGUUUCUUAUACAGUAAAAACCAUGCUCGAUUAUGGAGUAGACCCAAACUUGGCCAACGACGAUGGACUAACCGCUCUUCACCAAGUAAGACUAAAAUUUAUUUAGUUGUUUAUGGUACGUCUUUUAUUUUUACUCAGGGAGAACGCAUUAAGAUGUGAUAUUUGUGAACUAUUUUCCAAACUGAUCUAUGUUUAUUUAGGCUUAUUAAUCAAAGCAAUUUUUGUUUGUUUUACUUUUGAGACAAAUCGCUUUAUCAAGUAAAAUUUCAUCGCAAAAAAUUAAUUAAUACUUGGAAUUUUCUUUUGUUUGUAAGCCCAUAUCCUUUUUUCACAAUAUUGUACUAUUCAAACACAGUCUAAAUCUCUGUGUAGUGAGAAUAUGGGUAGAUUAGAUAAAUAUGAUGCUUAUAUAAGUUGGUAGAGCUAAGAAAAAGAUAAAGUGCGUCCUUCGAGCACAGUUCACUCUGUGAAGACCGAAUCAACUUUCCGUGAUUCGAAGAUAUGAAACCGUUUUCUGGCUGCUAACUUAUAUAUGUGGUGGUUUUUCCGCUCGAACGCCUUUCUGUCUUAUUGUAAAUUUAUUUCUUUGUGUUUGACAGUUAAGGUUAGAUGUAACCACAGACUUCUUGAACUAUGAUUGUUCAGACUAAAACGCGACCUUUGGUCAUUAAAACACACAAUUAACGAAAAAUGUUGAUUUAUUUAUGCACCUAUCAAUGUUAAGCUGCAGGGGGGGGAGGCCGGGCAUAGGCGGGGGAUUUGAACUCAGAUCAUUUUUUCUGUUCAAAUGCCCGACCCCAGGGACGUUAUUGCUGGUCAAAAGAGUGCAAAUUCCCCAUCCCCCUCCCCUUCCAGAAAAAGGUCAAGGCAUUGGUCAAACAAGAAUUAAAAUAGGGAUAUACAGGAAUUAUAAAGUUGUAAAAAGCAAGAAGCAACAACUUCAAAAUGUAACGUCCUUUUAAUAGAAAAAUGUCAUGUAAUUUAUCUGGAAAGUAUAAAAAAAUUUGAAGACUGUCUCAACUGAUACUAUUGAACAAUACAGCAAAACAAGGAAAUUCUGGUAUCUUAUCAUGAAUUGUUAUGCUACAGAUAACUUUUAUUUGAAUUGACAUCCGUUUAUAACUCAUGGCCAUUAUUCAUAUUUACAUCACCAAGUAAGACUAGUUUAUUUCAACUUCAGUCCGUAACACUUUUCUGAUUUUUAAUAGUACCAACAGACCUAUGUCCUAAAGUAACUAAAAAAUGGAACUGCAUACUUUGUAAACAAACCAAGAUGUGACAUUUUGACUGGGUGAUGUAAUUAUCUAUACUGGCUUUUACAUUUAAUUACUUUAAUUGUAAACAGGAACGAUGGAAAUGAAAUAUUUAUAACCUCUGAUUUGAAAGUGAUAAAGCUUACAGCAUGCUUUUCCUUGACUGCAGCCUGGUCAACACGAACAUGUACUCGUAAUUUUGCUCUGUCUUUAAUGUGAUCCACGUCCUCGACAUCGACCCAAUCAUUCCACUCUUCUUCAUACUCUUGAAGGAACAAAUCGCUGCUAGCAUUUAUGGCAAACAUACUUUUUAUUUUUGAAAUCACUUCAUUCAUAUCAUCAGGUUCUUUGAUAUCAAACACCUUUCGGCUAUCGCCAAACUGAAGAAGGACCUAAAAAAGUAGUUCCAUGUGAUCAACCACGCAUGAAUUAACAUCUCAUAAAUAUGUAUUAAACAAUUGUACUAAAAAACAAAAAGAAUAUCGCAAUAUAAUCAAUCAUGGCACUGAUGACAUAACAAAACGCAAAAAACAACCCGAUGGGCUCUUUAAGCGACAAAAUUUCACAGAUUUCUUACCUUCUUCACGGAAACCGAAGCAGCCUCCAUUUUGAUGUCUGCUGGUUACCAGGUCUCAGUGCGCCGAAAAUCCAAGAUGGCGUCGGUGGAGCUCAGGCCACUAACGGUUAAAGUCAAAAGUCCCGACCCCCGGGACUCGACGAAUGAUCAAAAGUCCCUGCCACGGGCAGACUUGUUACGUCAAAUCCCCCGCCUACACCCGGCCUCCCCCCCCCGCGGCUUAACAUUGAUAGGUGCAUUAUGGCAAAUGCUGAUUGAUGAGAAAUUGUUCAGCUGAGCACUCACCAUACCCUGGAUGCAACUUUUUACAUGGCUUAUUUUGGCGUAGAGAUGGUGGCUUUUAAAGAGUAAUUUGUGGCUUUUUUUAUCACGUUUUGUGACUCUCUCUGUCCGUUACGUAAAGGAAAAGUAUGGGGUUCGUUUACUCCGUGCUAAAUUUGUGGCAGUGUCAUUGUUUUUAUUAUUAAUAGUAGUAUUAUCAGCUGAAAUACAGGGUUUUCCCUUGGGAAACAAUGUCAAGUCUCGACCCAACCACCUAACUUUCCCAACAUGUUUCCCAAAAUCCUUCUGAGUUUUUAGAGCCAUCAGAUAUGAAACUUCCUGAGCAGUUACAGCGGCCCUGUUAGGGGGUUAUCUGUGUCACCAGUGUGAAUUUCAAAACCUGUCAUUUCCCACAUUUAGGAGGAAGCUAUGUCUCUGUUGGUAUUUACUAUUGUAUUUUUGCUUAAUUUUCUCUGGCCCUUUCGCCUGACUUUGUGUCGUUUGUCACCAAUUCUGCUGUCCUAUGUCACUUUUCCAAGGCCAUGUCGUUUUUUGGAUUUUACCCUAACAGCGCCUUGUUACAUUUCUGUAAGUGCUCAGCUAGAUAAGUAUCUUUUUGUUUUGUAGUAGAAUACAUUGCUUUAGUAUCCAGCAACAUUUUAGGAUGGCUCCUGAAACAGCUGUCCUGUGACUUACUUGAAGUCCAUAGAUAUGCCUAAUACUCGAAUGUCGAGAUUGCUUUUACUCACAUGGUUAGGAGCUAUGAUGUUUUUUUUAUGCUGGAAUUCAUCGUCUUCUAUAACAUUCACGAGAAUGUGGGCAUUUUUCAUCGCUCACUUGUCAACAGUCAGCGAUCUGACCCAUCAGACAGAUCAUGAUACCAGAAUCUGGUAUCAUGGAUGGGCAACAUCAAAACAAAGGCUAUAGGCUCCCCCGCCUAAUUUUCUUCCUCAGGCCACACUUUUCUCGCUUUGCUUGCCACUGUUUUUUUUCACCCUGCUCCAAUUGGCUAUCUUAAAACAAAAGAAAGUUUGCUCUUGAAAGAAGAGUUCAAUUCCCAUAGGAUUGUUUUGCUACAUCAAAAUGGACACUGUUUCAAUGUUUUGGUAUACCAAUGAGGCCGCCUUGACUGAAAAUGGCCAAGUGGCUUACAGUAAAUUUACAUAUAUCAUAAUUUAUUCUCUUGAGUAUUUAUUGCUCAGAGAGUAUUUACUUCACCGCUUGUGUGUUCAUAUGACAUAAUGUGACUGAAUGUAGUGGUUAUGUCAGCCCACAAAAUAAUGACCUGCUCAUCACUAGAGUUCUUAGUAGCUCAGCUGUUAGAGAAUCCAACUAGAGUCUGGAAGAUUGUGGGUUCAACUCCCAUCUCGAACUCAGAAAUUUUUUCUGAUUUCUUUUCUCCACACAUAUCACUGUUUGUAACUUAUCAUAAUUUAAUUUUUGUAAUUUCAAAAGGCCUGUAUUGAUGAGUGUGACGACAUUGCUGAACUUCUGGUGGAUUACGGUGCUGACAUUGAUGCUGAAGACAGAGAGUUGUGGACACCCCUGCAUGCCUCUGCGGCAUGUGGAAAUGCUCCAAUGGUUGAAUACUUGGUGGAACAUGGGGCCAAUGUUGUUGCUCUCAACUUGGAUGGAAACUUGCCUGUUGAUUUAGUGGAAGAGGAUGAGGAUCUUAAGAACUACUUGUUCAAAGAAAUGGAUAAGCAUGGUAAGGUGAUAUGUCAUAUUCCGAAAGUAAUGCCUCUUCUGGAGGAUAAACCUUGGUUUCCCUUAUUGGAUUACUGCAAAUGGGCAGGAUGAAGCAAACCCUUUGUUUUUGCUGGCUACUUGAGCAACAAUAGUAGACCUAUCCUCAGGGCUCGAAAAAAACUUGAAUUCAAACUUGUCCUUUGGGCCAUUAGCUCUCAUAAUUUGCUUGCCUGUGGCAACCUCUUGCUUGUCUUAGUUUAUGAUUUUAUUAUUAUUAAUAAUAAUAAUAAUAAUAAUAAUAAUAAUAAUAACAUGUUUAAACAGGAUGACCAUUUCAGUUAUAAAAACUGCUAUCAAUAUGGGUCCUGUAUUAGAGGAUGACAUGUCUGGGGCAAGUAACGUUUAAAAGUUUCUUGCCCAGCAAGAAAAUCUUCUCAUCCCAGACUAUCGGACAGGUCUUUUUCGAGCCCUGUAGAUGCUGCCUGUUCAGGAUUGCUUGAUUUUUCAACCCUCCACAGGCAACCACCUCCCUUACAUGUAAGUGACCACCUCCCAUAACUAAGUGACCACCUCUCCAAAACACAGGGAUCAAAAUUGUGGUUGAUACGGUCACCAAUGUCACGAGCAUUUUGUCCUUGGCAACUAAAAUUGUGGCUUAGUUUACAUUAUACAAACUGGUAACUAAAAAAUUCGAAUCUGGCAACUAUAUUUCUCCAGUCAGUCGCCAAAAGCUAAGGCGACCUGAGGAGUUUUUUAAUUUUGAGCCCUGAAAACACCAAACUUUUUCCAGUCAAUGCCUUCAUUGAACGCUCUCUUGUAAACAACUACCAGUACCUCCAGGGUGCAAAGAAAGUCAUUUUUUAAACUUACAUUCGGGCAAGCUCAAGCUAGCAUAUACUAGCACAAACGUAAUUUCAACUAGCCCCAAAUACAUUUUGAUGAGGAGAAUUGAUUUCACAGUUCUUCUGUAAUUUGAAUUCCUAAAAAAACUUCACUUGCCCAUCAGGCAAGUUAAUAACAGAAUUCACUAGCCCAAUAGCACAAUCCACUAGUCCCGGGCUAUCGGACAUUACUUUCUUUGCAGGCUGACCUCUCUUAAGAUUCAACCACACCAACUUUUGGGCAUAAUUGUUACUAAAUUUUCCGUUGUUUUUAAGCUUUUGUCAGCAACCACAUGAUACAUGUUCAGUAGACUAUGUUUGCUGUCUGCACUAUACUACUCAGAUCAUUCAAACAAGUUAUGGAGAUGAAAUGGAACUGCAUGUAUCAUAACUACCAAAUUGCAUGCAAUGAAUCCUCAGAUGAAAAGAAGAGGUGUCAGGGACAGGUUCACUUGUGCGAGUUGGGGGAAAAUUUAGGGGGCAAAGCCACAAUGCUGCAGGGAAAAGUGAGCCUGCAUGUGGGCUAUUGAAUUUUCAAUUUCAUCCCUUUUGAGGUAUCAAGAUACUAUCCAACAGGAGCAAAGUAUUAUUAAUGUCAGCAAAAAAUUUGACAGGAAGUUUCAGGUGGAGUUUUGUUGUAAACUGCAUCAGAGGUCAAAUCCUGUCAGAAACAAAAACCAUAGAAAUUAAUAUGCAUGAAGCAGACCACCAUUAUCUCGACAAGCUGUUAAAAUAACAUUUGCUUGAAGUCAAAAUUAAAAAUCCCCCAUAACAUUAUCUGCCUGUUAGAAACAAGCAGCUUUUAGACAUGAGGUAAAAGUCAUGCUAGCUUACUGACACUUUUAUGACUAUGGAGAUGUUGAUGUACAAGCUCAGCCAGACAGAACUGCAUUUGCUUAGUCCAAUUUAAGAAUCCUUCAUAGCAUAAUAAUCGUACCUGCUAGAAAGAAAAUUAAAGUGCACCGUUUUCAUGUGAGGCAAAAGUCAUGCAGGCUUACCAACGCUUUUUAUCAUUAAGGUAUCAUCCAGGGUAAAAAAUCAUCAUUUUUCUAAAUUUGCAAUUUUUAGACGAUUGAAUAGAACUCAUCAAGAGCUUUCUUUUAAAAAAAAUUCCAGGAAAAAAUGUUUUUUCUGUGCAGACGUAUGGAGUGCAAAAGUUUUUUCUAUGCUAAUUAUUUUAAUUGAUCAUUGACAAGUCCUGUCAUAUUUGAUACGCGUGCCGCUGUUGAACCAAGCUAAUCACACAAUUUGACAGAAAUCGUGGUUUACAAGUAUAGUGCUCACUGUUUUUCCCUGGAGUUUGAAAGUGAAUGCCUCCAAAGAAGAAAAAAGAGCUUGUCCGGUUUCGUCCUCGACUCCAAGGCAAAAGAAGACGACAAAAUCGUUUUGUCGCCAAAGAAUGCGCUUCGAAAUUAGCAGAGAGCGACAAGAGCUCCUUCUACAAUCAAGAAAAAUGGCUAAAAGAUGACAAAGCUCCUGAAAAACCGAUUGAAACUACCGCGGAAUCGAGUUUCACAAGUUCGUUAGCGAGCGAGCGGAGCGAGCUUUUUAGGUCGCGAAGCAGUCAAGCGAGUGACGAAGUCAUGAGAGGUCCCACGCCAUAUAAAAAGCGGAUGAAGUUCUGUUUUGAAAGUCUAUUGUAGUGGGAAAGAAGCUUCAAGAAAAACUCCAGGAAGCAGUUUGUUGUCGAUUUUGCAGGGAAGUGUCAAACUUUUAAAAAAUGUAUCGAGUAAAAGUGGGCUUGGCUCAACUUGGCUUGUCCGGUGCGAAAAUGAAAACUGCCUGUUGCAAAUAACUAAUGAAGCUUUCUCGACAACAGAAAGGAUCGAACAGAGCAGAGCAUUUGAAAUAAAUUGUUUAUGUUGUCAGGUUUCGUUUUCAACUUUUCCUGCUGUGUCACUAUUGUUGUCCCUUCUCUGGUAUGCAUCAACAUUGACAGCUUUGGUGUUAUAAUCUGUUAUAAUCUCAUCACGGGUAAUACGCCGCCAAAAAUAUUUUUCCACUGUUUUCUCAAAAUGAAAAUCAGGGCAAGUUGAGGGAACGUACGUACAGGUAGUGCUAAUGAUUUGCUAUCCCUAACUUCACCUGCUUAUAACAACAGAACAAACGCACUUGACAAAAAUCUGAGACACCGUUUUUUAGUCAAACAUGUUAAGAAGCGAAUGCGUUCUUCAUUGGCUUCUUCCGUUAAUUUUUGGCUGGACUGGACUUAAAUUUACAGUGACACCAACUUUCACAAAAAGCUUCUCAUUUCUAAAUCACGUUAAUAUUUGAUUUUUAAAAGAAAUAAGCAAUAAUCUGGAACUAUUAAGCUUUCAAAAAAUGUACGGUUUAUGGGGGUAUUUGUUAAAAGCAAAAGCGCUAGCACCGAUCAACGCGAGGAGGGUGCUUGAGGGUGGAUGAUACCUUAAGUUUGAUAUGUGAAAGUUUAUGCCUGGUGUCCUGCUUCUCUCAUAUUAUAUAACCUGUUGAAGCCUGUCACUUUUAACCAAUUAAAUCACUGCAUUCAUCAGUGAAUGCAGAGAUUUUGAAAUUAGUAGCCCAUGUGCAGGCUUACUUUUUCUGGAGUGCUGACAGCGCUGCCACCAAAAUUUUUCCUGAACUCAGACAAGUGACCCUGCUCUCAGGCUAUGUCAAGGUCUCGUCUUGGCAGAGACACCCUGUGGUUCGAUCUUUGUAAUGACAACCUCCUGUAAUAAUAUUGUUACUGAUAUUGUCCAAUCCUUCAGGCUUUGAUGAAAGCAAAGUUGAUGAGCUAGCUUUAUUGAGAGAAAAACAGAUGCUUGAAGACAUAAAAGAUGCAAUUGAAAAGAAGAGGGAUUUAGAAGUUAAAGAUAUGGAGGGUGCAACAGCAGUAAGUUUUCUUGAUAUGAAGUGUUUAGACAGCCGUUUACCUGUACGUCAAUAACCUUUUGUUGAUUUUGAACUGCGGAAGGACAAAAUGUUGUUUUUAUGCUACAUAGCCAUAUACAGCUAUUUCGAGAAAGGUUGUCGGAAAAACAGCACGCAACAAUCCCGAAAGGUAUUGUGGGUGGUUUUGAGAUCACUGUUCUUCAAAGAAAUUAGCAAGAAUGGCACCAGAGGCCAUGGACUUAUGUUUGCGUGUGCUAAAGGAAAGCAACAAAAGUAAGUUCAACAGCCACAGUUGUUAUGAACAGUGUAUUGAUCGCAUCCCAUAUUACCUUUCGGGAUGGUCACGUGCGCUUUUUUUCCGACAACCUUUCUCAAAGUAGCUGUAUAUAUGUUGAGGUUCAAUGAAUUAAGCUCUGGUUCACCUGAUAUCGAUAGUUUAGUUUCCGUUUUCAAAAUACAGUAACACUGAAAAACUAGCUCAAAAUAAGAUUUUAAGCAGGUAUAAAAUUGAAUCACAAUGGUUGCAAGAAUGCUAGAACUUUUAAAACUUAUAGUUUUUCUAAUGUAUUUGGAACAGCUUCUCCAAUGUCAACAUUUUCCAUGUUAGAUUAUGGAAUACAGGAAUAGAUUUAACCAUUUAUUUUUUUCAUUCUAAGCUGCAUAUUGCCGCUGCCAAUGCAUAUGAAGAAGUGCUUGAGUUCUUGCUGGAGAAUGAAGCUGAUGUCGAUGUUGAGGACAAAGAUGGAUGGAAGCCUAUCCAUGCUGCUGCUUGUUGGGGAAAUGUGAGAUUUAUUACCUGGAUUGAUUCUGUUAUGCUUGUUGCUUAAUCCCUUGUCAAAACUCUUUUAUUUGGACAUCAGUGUAGUAGAUAUUUGAAAAUAACAGUCACUCGAGUCAAGUGAACUCCCAUAGAUUCCAUUAAUCAAUCAAUUAUUUGAAAAAGUAAUCCAUUAGUUGUUGCCACAACUAGCAUCAAGUUCAAAUCUGUGUUCCUGCAUACACGCGUAAUGAGCAGUGAACUUUUGACUACAACUUCUCAGUAUUCAGUCAGGUGAAAACAUUUUUGAAUGGAUUAAAUUAUCUUGGAUACAUUUAUUUCAAUUUCAAGAAAAUUAAGCUCUCAGAAAUUUCAGAACUACCUCAAGCGUGAAUCUGUCACCAAUGCAGAAAUCCAGAGAUGAAUCUGAAAUCUACAACUAACCGAUUCAACUUUCCAAUAGGACACUCAUUAAUAGAAUAUUGGGCGGUAUGCGAGACCUUGCUUGACUGUAACAAUAAAAUCGUCAUGAAGAUCCAAGGUUCAAAUUUUUUUCUUUAAGCCUUGAAAAAUGGUUUUGAAACAAACUCCUUUUUUCUGUUUUCAAAACUAAGCAAAAGUAGGACUCAGAUACAGUUUGAAUGAUGACGUGUAAAAUGAGCUGCGCUUCAUGCCACUGAUGGUGGAUGAAUGCAUUUUAGUACAACCUUUUUUUGAGACAAUGAGCUUAAACUAGUGGCAAGGAAGGCCUCCAUAAAUAUUAUAAUAUUUUUUUCAUCCAGACUCUCAAGUUUUGUGAUAUUUAUCCCACCCCAAUCAUUCCUAGCUACCACAUUAUGCAAGUUGAAAACGUGUCUGUGUUGCCCAUAGGCAUAGUUUUUAGCCUUUUUGACCUAAUAUCUGGAAUCUUGGACAAAAUAGUAAUAAUUAUUAUUGAGACUCCCUUCAAAACAAGAAAAGGAAAGUGGUGUAUUUUGGCCUUUGCCCAACUUCAUCCUUUAUUCCGGGCAAAGCAGAGUUUCCUUUUCUUUUUUGUUUUGUCUAAACUUGUGGGUAAUAGUUUGUGCUGUCACCUUAUUCAACUUCAUAUUGAGCAUGUUUUGUUGUCUUUUUAUGUCAAACAGGAGAAAGCAAUUGAGUUACUUGUGCAGCAUGGAGCUGAUCUGGACAGUCGAACACCUUAUGGUGAAUCUCCACUAGGUAUGGGGUGACUAUCUACCCUAUGAAACCUUGAAAACCAUGUGGCUAGUUUAAGAAAAUGGUGACAAACUGUUUGGUUGCAAAUUAUUUCCAUCCACUUAUUGAGUAAAAUGCUUCAAAAAUUGAUUUUAAAAAAGGGUAAUUGUAAAUUCUACUGUCAAAUUAAGAAAACCAUGAACUCCUUAAAUGUGUCUGGAAUGUGUUUUUUGUCAUCUGACAAAGGUAAUCAGGUGUUUGCUGGUCACAUGAUCUGCCAAUACCUUCGUUAUGCCCUAUAAUAUGGCAUUGUUCAUGAGGUCUUUUUGAGUUGCUGUACUAAAUGAGUUUUGCCAUUUUCAAGUUUCCUUAGUUUUAUUUAAAAUACACAACAUUAAUUAUAAUUAGUGUGCAAAUGUGUUUGUGUGUAUUGAUCUCCAUUAUGAUUGGUCAUAAUACACUCAGGACUGUCUAAGUCAUGGGGCUAAAUGUUUAACUCUUUAAGCCCCAAUAGUGACCAAUAUCAGUUCUCUCCUAACAAUAUCAAUACAUACUCAAGAGAAAAGGUUAUGAGAAAUAAUAAAAUUAUCACAAAAGGGAGAAUGCUUUGAUCUUUUAACAAGUUCUCUCAACUCAUUCCACAAGAAAUGUACAGAGGGCAGUAUGGAGAAUUUGCAUGUGGAUAUAUUGGGGCUUAAAGGGGCAAACAGUCCCUCUAUUGUUGUAUGAAAAGGAUUAAACUGUAUUACAUUUUGAGUUAAUAUUUUUUACUCUUUUCUUUUAUGUUAGACUUAUGUGAAGAUGCUGAUACAAGACAAUUUAUCAUGGACUUAAGAAGUAAAGUGAAGACAAACAAAUUUAAAGUAAAGAACAUUCGCCGAAAAAGGAACAGUUCAAGAUCGUAAGUUAUUGUUUCUUCUUCUUCCCUUUUAAAAGACUCCUCACUUUUAAAAGACAAUUCUGAAACUCAACUAUUCAGGCAACAAUAUUUUCAAAGUGUUUGGAAAAAUAUGAAAUAAAAUUAUGUUCAUAAGCGAUUCACAAGCACACCACUAAAAUAAAGAAGCACAAUUAAACCUUGAACUUAAAUGUUUAAAUUUUUUUGUAAGCUUUCUAACAGCUGUUAAAGCUCAAGGAAAAGACAUGAAGAAAAAUAGGUGAUACAUUAAAAAUCCCUGUGAUGCUGAACUUGGUUCAAAUGACAGAUUGUGUGGUGUGGUAGUGCAUUAUAUUGUCAUUAAUAACUUGCAUGUCAGUCUUAGCUAUUUCAACAGGGAGCUUAAGUAACCACGAUGGCAAUGGCAGCAAAAGUUUUACUUUAAAAGUGAAUUUGUGCUGUUUCAUAUUACAUUACGCUCAUCCCAUUUCAUUCCAUGGGUCAAAUGGUGGGGAAUUUUUCUGGAGUUCAUUCUAAAGGGUUGUACAGUCGACUCUCUCUUAACGGACACCUCUAUAAGACGGACGCCUCUGUAAAACGGACACUUAGAGUUUGUCCCUGCCUUUCUUUACUCCCUUUAUUUGACUCUCUAUAAGACGGACACCUCUCUAAGACGGACACUUAGUGCCGGUCCCAAAGGUGUCCAUCUUAGAGAGAGUUGACUGUAUCUAAGUUCAGAAAAAGAAAAAGAAAAUUGUCAUCUUGUGUUCACGUCCUUCAGAAAACAAAAUGAGGAAGUCUCAAGUUGUGGUCGUGCAACAACGGUAAAGAAAUGUACAAAAAAGCAUGAUGAACGUGCAAAGUCGUUGUUUUCCCAUUCUAACCCUGUUGCUUUUUUGCUGGUCUCAUUGCCAUUGCCAUCAUUGUUGUUGUUGCUCUUGAGACUGGAUUGGUGUACUGUGGUGUCAAGAAGGCCAGUUUCUAGGUAUUAAAAUUCAUGGUCAGAGGGGUACAAAACAAAUGAAAGCAUGUUGAGUUUCAGCGAGGAAUAGUGAAUUUGUUUUGGUUUAUUCCCCUCAGCCCCUGAGACGAGUGAAUUUUGAAAGUUGCAAACUGACCUAUCGAACUUAGGGACUGUUCUGGGGGCCCAAUUUUGACCUACUUUUUUGCACUUUAGCCAAUGACAGCCUCAAAACAGUCCCAUUGUCCAAUUCAACACAACACUGGCCCAGUCGCCCAUGUGUUGAAAUUUUUUUGACAUGUUUUAAUACCUGGCACUACUUUUCUUUUCAUUUAUGUUUAGGCUGUCUGUCAAGCGUUCAAGCCUCAAGGACAAGAUAUCAAUUUCUCAGAAUGAAGCCAAGGCAGAGGCAAUCCUGCGACAGCAUCCUGAGCUGGCCUUCCUGAUCAAGGUAAUGCAGCUUAGUCUGGUGUCAUACUGCAUCUGCCUCUCCAAAUGAGUCAGUUAUGCUGUAUCAUGUCUGUUGCUUACCAUUUGCACCCUUGCCCAACCUGUAUAUGAGUCGUGCAAGCCUGGUCUUACCAGUAAAUAGACUCCCUUACUACAAUUUCACUCACAUUCUGAGUGACAAAGCAAUAAUGAACACUUGAGGAUGACCCUAAAGGAAACAGCAAGUUUUGUUUGGGUGACAAAGCUCACUGUUUCCCAUGGGACCUCUCGUGAAGUGUUUUGUUAUGACCUUCCAACUCUAAAACGGCAAAUAAAUUAUUACUGGUUGUGGCUGUCCCAAAUUUUAAGUUACAUGACCUGGUCAUGAGCGGGUUUAGAGUUCCCUAGGGACAUGAUUGUUGGGUUUUGUUCGCCUUGCUUUGAUGCAUGGCAUGUGAUACGUUCUCUUCCAGUCGAGAAAAGCGCUUGAGUUUGGAGGUAUGACAAUUUGUCUCAUUGCCCUCAAACGAUGUAAGUUUACUGCUUUAACCAAUCGUACUAUUGAUUAUUAUUCUUUCAAUAUUCGUAUGAUUUGAACCACUUAAAUCUAACUUUCACGUCUGGUAAUAAAAGGAAGUAAGAUAGUGUUUUCUUCAUUUUAUGUAGAAGGAAAAGAAAGUAGCCAACGAGGAGCCAAGGGCAAUGGACGUGAGUGAAGAAGACAACAAAAGAAAAUCUAAAGACGAGUCAAGGGUAAAACCUAAAGAACAGUCACCUGUACCAGAGAGAAGACAAGCAGAGGAGAAAAGACCACUAGCGGGUAACGAUACAACGAUGGUAGAAAUUUCUAUGACAGGAAAAUAUGAAAGAACAUUGAACGGUGAAACCAAAGUAGUCGGUAUUACAGGUCAUGAAAAGGAGACUAACACAGUGGCUGAUGUAACAAACAAUUUAUCAAAAGAUGCAAAACCUAGUGAAACUGUGACAAAAGGAAAGGAUGUUGCGGGAAGAAAGGAAGAAAGUUUAACAGAAAAUGUUCAAUACAAAAGCAGGACUGUUACGACAGCGCAGGUUGUACAAGAGAAAACUACAUCUAAAAUAUCUUUUCCGCCUCCUCGCUCUCCAGCGACAGGUCGCCGUCAGCUGCCAGCUGAUCCCUCCCUUAGGUUUCCUCAAACAACGAAAGAAAAUAUCGUGAUUAAAAGUAGUCACAGCAAACAAGAAGUUGUGGAAAGAAAUGAACAAAGAACUCCGUCAGCUAAACCUUUAUCUGAGCUUAAUGUCCACUCUAACACAGCGCAACAGUUUGUUACAGGAGUACCUAAAUCAACAAAAACACAUGCUACACCGCCAGUACCAAUGCCUCGAUCUUCUGGAAGCACUAGUGCACCAAAUCAGCGGUUAUCUGGUACUGCAGGCGCACCUGUAGCCAUGCCACGAUCGUCUGGAAGUACGGGAGGAAGGCAUCAGUCUCAGCAACCUGACACUUCAGGUUACCCUGACGCUUUCAAUAAGAGAAAGUCUAGAGAGUCACGGGAAAUUUCGGAUGCUGCAUUGCAUCAGUUAGGUAAGUUUCUUGUAGUCCGUGUAUCUCCAGCUUCGAGUCCUUGUCAGUUUGGCGAGAAUCUUAGCACCUAUAAACCACCCCUUUUGUAAGAUGACUUUUGCGCACUAUUGCAGGUUUUUUCGGUAUUUACACACUGAAAUUUUAGAUCGUUGAUUCAACUGGUAUGUUUAUCGUUGGGGAACUAAUGUUAAAUCCGUUUUGUGCUUCAAUUGUGCAUUGAAUCUUAGAGCAGCCAUAGAAUACAGGGCCUCAGAGGUCCACCUUGUCGGAAGGCUUUGAAGAACAAGUCGUGUAACAUUAGAAGUUUGUAUUAUUUAAUGUUUUGUUAUUACUGGCCCUGUAAAAUUAGGUAGUUUCAUGCAGAAGAAUUAUUUUGAACAGUUUCUGUCUGCUUGAGAGAUUGUGAUUUUGAAUCGGACGUUUGGCGUUUACCGUAACCGUGAUUCUAAAUCCCUUCUGUAACGAAAUGUCAAAUGUAAACUCACAAGCUUGUUAUUGUAAAACCUUAGCCAAAGACAUCAAGAGUUCCAAGGCAGUAUCACCAGAAGAUGUAAAGCUCUCUUCGCAAGCUGUGACAGCAAAAUACGAACAUAAACCCACCACACCUCCAUCUGCAGUCAAGCGCGACAGUGUACCUGCGACUAUUGACGUAACAUCUGAGACAAGUCAAGCAAAACAAACAUCAGAAGCUAACAAUAAAAACAGUAAUGUGAAUGACACAUGGGAAGAGCCGAGGAAAACAUUUAAGCAGCCAAAUGAUGUCACAGUGGAGCGAGAAAAGAAAACGUGUUGUCUUCUGAUGUGAUAAAGAGACAAUGACAUCAGUAAUCCAGAGAGACUGCAAGAUGGGCAUGUUUGUUUGGUUAUGAUAGGCCGGCAAAAUGGUGGAAAGUCUUAUACGUGAAGCAAUCAGAGGCUGAGUGUGAUUGAACAGAUCACAGUUAAGAUAAAGAUUCAGAUGGAAGCAUUUCAGCAUUUGAAAGCUUCAAAACUGAUUUAGCAAGGUUAAGCAAAGUUGUUCUUGAAUUAAGAUGGUUUGUAGUGAUCCCGAUUCACUUGUAAACAAAUGUCCUCGCUGAAACGUAUAUGGAAAUAAAUUCGAGACCAAGAAGAGGUUUACACUUGAUGGGAUUUAAAGUUUCCCGAACUAUAAAACCCUGGGAUUUUACUCGUUAAUCCUGACUACAAAGAUCACGAGGAAUGUUGUUGGAGUACUGGUUAGGCCAAAGGGAAAUUUUAAGUUGACAUUUCGAGACUCGUUGUGUGCUUUUCGCAGUAAAAGUGAAUAAUUCUGGACUAGAAUUUUCUUAACUUGUAAAUAUUUCUUUUUUAAUUUUUUAAUAUUAAACGGUUAGGUUUGUAGUCUCUUAACCUCUGGAUAAGGUAGAACAGAGAAAUUGUAAAAAGUUACUUUUAUGGAAACUUCGCGCUGGACCAAUGGUAUCCCAAAAAUGUUUUUAUUUUUCUGAUUUAUUUUAUAAUUAUUACGAAACCAAGACCGUAAACGUUAAUUCAAGAUAAGUUGAAUAAAGAAGAGCGUUUUCACUGAUUCAAGGCAUGGUUUAAGAAAGCAGAUCAAGCUUUUCCCAGCGUUGGAAAUAUGCAGGUUUUCAAAACAGACUACCUUUGAUUUUAUUAGUGUAACGCUAG